UAAAGGGGGCUGGGCUGUUUAGGAAACACACCAAAGGACUGAGGCAUUUAUCCUUAGAGCGUCCUUGAGUCUCAGACCAACCACCAUAGAUUCCUGCUACUUUGAUUAUCGUCGACCCGCCAUGAUCUCCUACCUGCUAUUACUUGCUGCCAUCCUCUGUGGUGUCACGUCUAAACCAGCCAACAUCACAGAAGAUCUCUACAAGAACCAAACAUUUGGUGUUUCUACACAUAGGAACAAUACAACAAAACCAAACUAUGAGGCAACAAGUUUGGACAAAGAAAAGCUGAAUGAGAUUGAGAGCGAGCUGGAAAAAAACAACACAUCAAUUAUCUAUGAGGAUAAUGAAAACUUCCAGGACCAGAAUGUAAUCUUACCAGAACACUGCAACCAGGACACCCUGAGGGAGUAUAGUUACAACUACUGUGGUGCAGUUUUUCAUGCAGAGAUGCAAAACAUCAGCAGAGAAGACUGGUGUGUCCUGAAAAGCAUUAUCAGGCCUUACAAUGAUCUGACGCAAUGUUUGGAGACAGUGGCCGAUUUUUCUGGCUGCUUUUUUCCUAAUACUGACAUCCAAGACUUCUUCAUCUACAUCCACUCCACCUAUUUCCAGGACUGCACAGAGACAGAAAGAAAAGAUCUGAUUGAGGAUGCCCCCACUAGCCUGGUGGUGGCUCUCACCAUCAUCCCAGUGAGCUUCAUCCCUGUACUGGUUUGUCUGGUGCUUUGGAAAAGUUAGUAGUUGACUGGCCCAGAUUCCAAACGAUUCUGCUUUAGCUCGAACCAACUUGGCCAUUAAAGCUUUAAA